ACCCGCCGUCUACCAGUGCCAGUGAGGAAAGCGCGUGGGGAUGCUUCGCGCGGGUCUGGCGAGAGAAACGCGCGCGCUUCACGAUUAGUAUUUAGACAAGUAGCUAAUGAACUAGUAAUUACGUAAGUGGCGUUUAAACCGCCUGUGUGUGGUUCGCGUGUCUGCUAGCAGGCUAAAAUUAGAACAACGCGGAGCCAGCGGAGGACACGGUAGUAUUUAUUCAGUGGGAGUUUUUUUUUUUUUUUUUUUGGUCGUUUUUCACCAACGCACCUUGGAUUUCCGUCGUUGCCACCGAGCAAGUGUGGAGCCGAGGACGACGUCGAAACAAUUCGAGACAGACCGAAAUCAGAGAGAGAGAUGACCCUCGUUUUGUCAAUGAAUCCUUUCCUGGACCCAGAAGGAGACCCACCACUCUCCCCAUAUCAGCCCAUAUGGGAAUCGGAGCGCUGCACUAAGACUUGCCUGUCAAACCCUGCCCCGCCAUGCAACUCUGAAGAGCAAUUUACACAAGAACCCCCCUGCAGGCGUGUUCCUGAUCAUGUUUCAGUGUCCAGGAUUGCUUACUUCAAGAGGAAGUUUGUUGAUGAUGAUGAUGAGCCUUCCUUCAGUUUCAGGACAUACUGCCAGACUGUUGCACCAGUUUUGGAGGAGCGUGCUCACGUGCUGCGUCUUUCCCUGGAGAAGAUGAGAUUCAUUGACGAUCCUGAAGCCUUCCUCCGACGCUCCGUCCUUGUUAACAACCUCCUGCGCCGUCUGCGAGCUGAGAUUCUGCUCCAGAGCACUGACUGGUGCUUCCCACCAAACCCGGCAUUCCCCACUGGCACUUGCGUCCUCCCACCCAGCACUAACCUUGCGCACCAGGCACUCCACGGAGCAGUACCCACCCGGAUUUGCUUAGCACCCCAAGCCGGACCGCCCUUCCGCAAGCGCCUCCGAAUGGUCCGUGGAGGACAGGGGGAUCUUCGCCCUGACUGUGCCCAGACAUGCUGCUGCAUCUACGCAGCGGCAGCUGCUGCAGGACACUACCUCCACCUCCCGUUUUCCAUGUAUGAUGCAGCACUCUCUGCCUGCCCGUCCACACCACAGUCCUCCUCGUUUUUUCAGUUAGCUAGCCAUAGUAAGUUAGGGCUGACAGUGGCUGUAGAAGAGCGUGAUGAUGAGGAUGAAGAUGUUGAAGAGGAGGAGGAAAAUGAAGAAGAAGAAGAGAGAGAAGAGGAGGAGGAGGAAGAAGAUGAUGAAAGAAGACAAGCAGGGCCUUCUAUUGAUGUUGUUAAAGACAAGUCAAGCCCGAAAAGUAGGACUAGGACCGUGCUGGGUCAUGCACACACAAGGACAGAGGAGGACAGCUGCAUGACAGAUAGGGUAGAAGAGGAGGAGGACGGAGAGCAGGAGGAGGAAGAGGAGGAGGAAGAGGAGGAGGAGGAAGAGGAGCAGGUUGUGAGACCUUGUCAGUGGGCCUCAGAGAGAGAGCUCCACAAGGUUAGCUUCUGGCACCGCAGGGCUCAUAGACAAUAAUUGUGCGUUCUGAGAAAUUACUUGCAUUCUGCGUGUGUUAGAAUGAAAACAUAAUGAUGAUGACAGCUGUCAUCAGUUGAAGAUUAUUCAGAUGAAGGUGUUAGCUACCUACACUAUUGUAAUACCAAGUCAGCUUUAUUUUAACGGUUUUAAGAUACUCUACACACAGACAAACUCAGUUCGGCUCUAUUGCUAGUGUUAUGGUCAGAUAAAAAAUAGAAAAUUCUUGGCCACUCUUGGCACUGGAUACAUUUCUCAAGCAAUUAUGAAGGCUAAGGUCACAUGGGUUGGGAUCUGAAAUCCCAAAGGUGAAGUGAAGCUUGCUAUUGCACUGUCUCCAAGAUCAUUUUCAAGCCCCACAGCACAAAACUAAAGGUCUCGAAUGGGGCUUUAUAUUGGUGCAACGGUCUCGUUUCAGGACCCUAAACAAGUCUAUGAAAUGAAGGGAUGUGGAUUUGCGAGUGUGUGCUUCUGUGCGUGUAUGUGUGUGUGUGUUUGCAAGAUAUGAUGUAGCAUUUUAAAACUUGAUUUUAAGCUGUUCUUUUUAUUAUGAAACAUGGGUUACACGUAAUUCUGUGUGCCUGUUGAUUCUCAUGCUGUCUCAGGCAAUGGCGAGUGACUGUGCUGCAACGGCGGCACAAUGUGUGUUCUUCAAUUACUUCAAAAACAACAAUCAAAAACAUUGGAAAUGUAAAAUCACAAUUUCAAGUGCCUUAGUGUUUUUUAUAGAUAAAUGUGUAUUGUGUGUUAAUGUAAUUGUUCUUGUUACUAAGUAGCUAUCCUGCAUUCCAAAUGACUGCAUUUAACUACAACACAACAUGUAGUUCAAUGCAGGGAUUCUUUCAAAUGUUGUUAAAAGGUUAAAAUUUCAAUUCAAACAAAAUUUCCACACCCAAAAUGUGUUCUCUUUGUUUUUAGUUCAAAAUGCAUGUUUUCUAGCACUACCUGUCUUGAUAAUGCACAAAUGUAAAGCCAACCUUCAAGGACAGUUGCAAAAGCCUUGAAAAGCUAAGUCUGUUCAAAACCUCAUUUACAUUUGUUCGAUUCAAGCAGAAAAGGCUUGUAAUCAUUUGGUUGGUCUGUCCAUUAAUGAGUAUUUACCAAAAAUUACUUGAAUUUAAAAGCGUCAAACGUCAUACUCUGAUUUUAAAGAUUUAAAUGUCAGCAUUAUAAUUAAAUAUUGUAAAUACAUAUACACCAAUGUCGGUUUUGCUGUUAUCUUCCCAGUCAGUUGUUUUAGCGAUUCAAACAAACAAAUGUUUCAUCACCAAGCAAGAAACACUCAAUGAAUCAAUGUUGAACUUUAAUUAAACUAGAAGCUAACGAUCUGGCAAUCAACAAAUUGUUUGAAGUUUGUCCGUUCUCAAAUAAUUUGUGGAGACCCAAUCAGCAUCAUAUCACACCCAAAGCCUGGUUGCAUAGGGAGAGGCUUGUCUCAGAAAUAGCCAAAAUUAGCUUAAUUCAGCACCUUUUUUAAAAUGAUCAUCAAAAUGCUAAAAGGAAUAUUUCAAGAUUUUGGGAAAUAUGCUUAUUUGCUAUCUUGCCUAGAGUUAGUAGAGAAGAUCAAUAUCCCUUUCAUGUCUGUGCAGUAAAUAUGAAGCUGGAGCCAGGAGACGAUUAGCUUAGCUUAGCAUAAAGACUGCAAACAGGGAAACAGCUAGCCUGGCUCUGACCUGAGGUAACAAAAUCUGCCUACCAGCACCUCUAAAGCUCAAUAAUUAACAGCUUCAUACUUACUUCACAGACAUUAAAGACAGACAUCGAUCUUCUCAACUAACUCUCGGCAAGAAAGCAAAUGAGCAUAUUUCCCAAAAAUCUUGGUCUAUUCUCUUAACUAUCACAGUAUUCCCCGCCUUUGUAGAUUCAUACCCGUGUGUGUUGCCUGAAGUUCAGGGCAUUGCAAGCGUCUAGAAUUGAGCUUGGCAGAGUGAAAUCACAUUGAUUGUAGAACAUUGUCAGCCUGUUUGGGUAUAUAGUGGUGAUAUACUGUAUGGGAUUUUAAAAUAAAAUAAAUAAAAUAGACCCGUGAGAUAUAGCACACCUUGGAGGAGCUGACAGACACAUACUUGAUUAAAAGUAUAACCAAUCAAGGACAGAUAGAAUUCCACACCAGUUCUAAUCUACGUGUAUAUGAGCUUCUCUGUCAUGACGGCAUGAUCAGUGGUUUCUUGUUUGUUGGUGUGUCUCUUGUUUGGCACUUUUGAAGAUUAGGGUCCUCACACUGAUGACAAACCCAAACCAAAGUUGUUAAAAAAAAAUGGAAAGAUAUAUCCGUCAGUAGUGAUUUUUUUCUCUUCUGUCCUUUUUUUUGUGACUUACCCUAUAAGGCACAGGUCAUUUGGAUGGUUUCAGUUGGUUUGCAAGGUGGAAUUAUUCCUGCCUCGUCCUGUCUUUUUUUUGAUGUACAAAACUGACAGUUUGCAUCCCUUAUGGCAUAAGUGACGGAUCUACGACAAGACAAGUCGAGUACCAGGCUAUUUCAUUUUAAUUCUCUAAACCCUGUGAUUAUCGGUGGUAUUUUUAAAAUGACAGAAUUUGACAAAGCAAUAUUUGUUUCUGAGACGAGAACAUGUAAAACUGCAUUGUCUGUUAUUAAAAACAACAAAAGAGCAAGUCUGCUCUGAUAAUUUUAUGUGAUGUUCUGUGA